AUUUGUUAUUCUUUUUGUUUUUCAAUGUUUCAAACAACAAAAGAAAUCAAAGUACACAAAUUAAACAAUCAUAAAAAUCAUUUUGUCUCUCAAUGUUUAUAGAGAGGGACAGAAGAAAUAUAUUCAAAGGAAUAAAAUUUGUCAUGCAUUGUUCUUGAAAUAGCGACGAAAAUUUAGAGACAGAACGAUACUAGGCAAUAAGCGAAACAGAAACAAAAAAAAAAAAGAAAUAGACCCUUUGAAGGUCUCAUUGAUAGAGAAAAGUACAAAGCAAUAUUGGGGAGGAAAAAAAUUGGUUGAUGGGUUUGUUUUGUUUGGUUUCUUUUUAUUGAAAGGGCAAAUAAAAGAAGAAAAAAAAAACAGCUCUAUUGUAUAUUGCAAGAGGUAUUUUGUUAUAAAAGAGAAUUAAGGAAGUGAGAGGAAUGUGGUUGCAAAAGAAUCAAUGGGACAAGAAGGAUGGGGUGAAUGGAAUAGUGGCAGUGGCAAUAGACACAGAUAAAGGGAGCCAAAAUGCACUUAAAUGGGCCAUUGACCAUCUCAUCACAAAAGGUUCAACUAUUGUUCUCAUCCAUGUCAAGGUUAAACCAACAUCAUCAUCUAAUUCAACCCCAAGGGCAGGGAUUGUUGAGCAAUGCACAAUAGUGCCUAAAGAUCCUGAUGAAUUCACCAAAGAAAUUUUCCGUCCAUAUCGCGUCUUUUGUGCGCGAAAAGAUAUACACUGCAAGGACAUUGUACUAGAACAUGGAGAUGUAUCCAAAGCAUUAAUUGAAUAUACUUCUCAAUCAGCAAUUGAGCAUUUGGUUAUAGGCUCUUCCAACAAAAAUGGUUUUCUCAAAAGAUUCAAGGUGGUUGAUAUUCCAGGAACUGUAUCAAAAGGGGCACCAGAUUUUUGUACAGUAUAUAUUGUUGGUAAAGGAAAAAUUCAAUCUAUGAGAUCUGCUUCUAGACCUGCACCUGCAUUUUCACCUCUACAAACUCAACUUAGUAAAUCUAGUAGUAGGUCAGAUCGUUCAGAAACUCGUAUGCCAAUAGCAGCUAAAGUACCUGAGAGGAGAUCAUUUGAGGGACCACCGCGUAGAUCCCAAGAUGGAGCAGAUUCAUUCAGGUCACCGUUCACUCGGAGACGUCCAAAUGACAAGUCAUACGGAGAACUUCCUAUGCCAGAUAGUGACAUAUCUUUUGUAAGCUCAGGAAGACCGAGUACAGAUCGUUUAUUCCCUUCAAUAUAUAACCACAACUACAAUUCAGAGUCAAGUUUUUCCAAUCCUAGGCUAUCAUAUAGUUCUGAUACUGAUGGAAACUAUAGCUUUGAAUCAAUAAAUUAUGGAAGGAGGUCCAUUGAUAUUGGCACUCCUGAUUUCUCAACUUUCUCAAAUGAUAGUGAUGGACUUUCGUCUUCUACAUCAAAUAUGGAUGAUGUGGAGGCUGAAAUGAGGAGACUAAAAUUGGAGUUAAAGCAAACAAUGGAAAUGUAUAGCACAGCUUGUAAAGAAGCACUCACAGCACAGCAGAAGGCUGUAGAACUCCAAAGAUGGAAAUUAGAGGAAGAAAGGAGAUUGGAAGAGGCAAGAAUGGCUGAAGAAAAUGCAUUGGCUGUUGCAGAAAAGGAAAAGGCGAAAUCAAAAGCAGCCAUUGAGACUGCUGAAGCGCAAAAGAGGAUUGCAGAACUUGAAGCACAAAAGAGAAUUAGUGCAGAAAUGAAAGCUCUAAGAGAAGCAGAAGAGAAAAGAAAAGUAGUUGAUGCUUUGUCAAGCCAAGAUGUGAGGUAUAGAAGAUAUGCAAUUGAAGAGAUUGAAGCUGCAACGAAUUUUUUCGCAGACUCUCUUAAGAUUGGAGAAGGUGGUUAUGGUCCAGUUUAUAAAUGUCUUCUAGACCAUACACCUGUCGCAGUUAAAGUUCUUCGUCCUGAUGCACAACAAGGAAGGUCGCAAUUUCAACGAGAGGUUGAGGUAUUGAGUUGCAUAAGGCAUCCAAACAUGGUUCUUCUCCUAGGAGCCUGUCCGGAAUACGGCUGCCUAGUUUACGAGCACAUGGCGAAUGGAAGUUUGGACGAUUGUCUCUUUUGUAGAGGAAAAACUCCACCGCUACCUUGGCAGCUAAGGUUCAAAAUUGCAGCUGAAAUUGGAACAGGCUUACUCUUCCUCCACCAAACAAAACCUGAGCCACUAGUACAUAGAGACCUUAAACCGGCAAACAUCUUGCUCGACCGGAACUACGUCGCAAAGAUAAGUGAUGUUGGUUUGGCAAGACUAGUACCUCCAUCAGUAGCAGACACUGUGACGCAAUAUCGAAUGACGUCUGCUGCCGGAACAUUCUGUUACAUAGAUCCUGAGUACCAACAGACAGGAAUGUUGGGAGUGAAAUCUGAUAUAUACUCACUUGGGAUAAUAUUCUUGCAAAUUUUGACAGCACGACCGCCGAUGGGAUUGACACAUCAUGUUGGUAGAGCAAUUGAGAAGGGAACAUUUGAUGAGAUGUUGGAUCCAAGAAUAACAGAUUGGCCAGUUGAAGAGGCUCUUGGAUUUGCUAAGAUGGCUAUAAAAUGUUCUGAGUUAAGGAGGAAAGAUAGACCUGAUCUUGGUAAAGAGGUUAUGCCUGAACUUAAUAGGUUAAGAGAACUUGCUGAAAGUAAUGAUAACCAUUCUAUGUUUAGUGGAUUUACGAGUCCAUCGACUCAGAGCCAAGUCUCUCUUCAGAUGGAUGGGUCAGGUUCUCCACUUCCUUAUUCUGGGGAUAGCACAAGAAAUACAUCAAGCCCUCUUUGAUAGGUCAAGACAAGAUCCAUCCAAGUAUAAAGUGUAAAUUACUUAGGUUAAUGAUAUGUAUCUAUUGUAAUGUAUAACAUGCCUUGAUUACUCAAUUGUGCAUGUUAUUUGUUUGCAAAAACAAUAUAGUCAUAGUCUAAAAACGUCAAGUUACAUCGAGUCCCUUGGGACAGGGACUCGCUGCUUGUAUAUUUGGGAUUGAAUCCCAACCUUGUAUUAUUGCAAUGUGAAUUGUCACAAAAAGAACACAUUAUAGUUCUCUCCGUUUAUAUUUUUUUAGAUAGAUUUGUGAUAGUAUUAAAGUUAUAAAAAAGACAUUUGCAAGAACAUAAGACACCAUUUCAA